UCAAAAGUAGGAAGAAUGAAGUUGGGUUCACAAGGAAUGGAAGUGUCAUUACACGGACUUGGUUGUAUGAGUAUGUCUGCUUUCUAUGGUCCUCCUAAGCCUGAAAUUGACAUGAUUGCCCUCAUCCAUCAUGCCAUUCAAUCUGGUGUCACUUUUCUUGAUACUUCUGAUAUCUAUGGUCCUCACACCAAUGAACUACUUCUUGGAAAGGCUUUGAAGGGAGGGGUGAGAGAGAAGGUUGAAUUGGGUACCAAAUUUGGAGCAAGAUAUGCUGAUGGAAAAUUUGAGAUUCGUGGUGAUCCAUCAUAUGUGAGAGUUACAUGUGAGGGUAGUUUGAAGAGACUUGAUAUUGAUUGCAUUGAUCUCUAUUAUCAACAUCGUAUUGAUACUAGUCUCCCUAUUGAAAUCAAGACAUAAAAUCAUAAAAAAGGAUAAUAUGUGAUGAUUUCAACUUUUCCUUUUUUCUAUGUACGAUUAGGGAGCUUAAAAACCUUGUUGAAGAGGAAAAAUAAAAUACUUGAUUUAUCCGAGGCCUCGGCUUCAACAAUCAGAAGAGCACAAGCAGUUCAUCCAAUUACAACUGUGCAAUUGGAGUGGUCAUUGUGGACAAGAGAUGUUGAGGAAGAAAUAAUUCCAACUUGUAGGGAACAUGGUAUUGGAAUUGUUGCUUAUAGUCCUCUUGGGAGAGGAUUCUUUUCAUCAGAAGCAAAGAUACUUGAAAACUUUACAAAGGAGGACUGCCGUCAGCAUAUGCCUAGAUUUCAACCUGAAAAUAUGAAGCAGAAUCAAAUUAUAUUUGAUAGAGUGAAUGAACUAUCUACAAAGAAAGGAUGGACUUCAUCUCAGCUUGCACUGGCUUGGCUUCAUCACCAAGGAAAUGAUGUGUGUCCUAUACCUGGAACCACCAAAAUUGGUAACUUUAAUCAAAACAUUGCUGCUUUAUCUGUUAAACUAACAAAAGAAGAAAUGGCAGAAAUUGAGUCCUUAGCAGAUAUUGUUAAGGGUGCUAGGACAGAGAAAGUGUUGGAACUGUGUUGGUGACAAUUGCUGCAAGACUUUAAUAGUGAAGUUGUUGAUGAAAAUUAUAUGUAGCAAAUUCCAAAGCGUGUUGUUACACUACAC